CCCGCCCCUCCGCGCUCAGAGCCCGGAUGAAAAGUAACGCCAUUGCCGCCGGAGCCUCCGAGGGCGUUUGUGGACGGUGACGGGACCCUGUGCUGGUUCGCCAUGAAGGUCCUCCCCCGCCUGCUUCUGCUUCUCUUGCUAGUGUUCCCCGCCACCCUCUUGCUCCGAGGUGGCUCUGGAGGCUCAUUAGCAGUGGCUCAAGAUCUUACAGAAGAUGAAGAAACAGUGGAAGAUUCAAUAAUUGAAGAUGAAGACGAUGAAGCAGAGGUAGAAGAAGAUGAACCCACAGAGUUGGCUGAAGAUAAAGAGGAAGAAGAUGUAUCAGGUGAACCUGAAGCUUCACCGAGUGCAGAUACAACUAUCCUAUUUGUGAAAGGAGAAGAUUUCCCAGCAAAUAACAUUGUGAAGUUCCUGGUAGGCUUUACAAACAAGGGUACAGAAGAUUUUAUUGUCGAAUCCCUAGAUGCCUCAUUCCGUUAUCCUCAGGACUACCAGUUUUAUAUCCAGAAUUUCACAGCUCUUCCUCUGAACACGGUGGUGCCACCCCAGAGGCAGGCAACUUUUGAGUACUCCUUCAUUCCCGCAGAGCCCAUGGGUGGACGACCCUUUGGUUUAGUCAUCAAUCUGAACUAUAAAGAUUUGAAUGGCAAUGUAUUCCAAGAUGCUGUCUUCAAUCAAACAGUUACAAUUAUUGAAAGAGAGGAUGGGUUAGAUGGAGAAACAAUCUUCAUGUACAUGUUCCUGGCUGGUCUUGGGCUCUUGGUGGUGGUUGGCCUUCAUCAGCUCCUGGAAUCUAGGAAGCGCAAGAGACCAAUACAGAAGGUAGAGAUGGGUACAUCAAGUCAGAAUGAUGUUGACAUGAGUUGGAUUCCUCAGGAAACUUUGAAUCAGAUCAAUAAAACUUCACCAAGAAGGUUGCCCAGGAAACGGGCACAGAAGAGAUCAGUGGGAUCUGAUGAGUAAAUGUUCCUUUGUGCAACAAUUCAGUCUUUACUUAACCUGCUCUAAUAUGUUUCGGCCUGAUGGGAAUUAGUGCAGAGAAGCCAUACCACCAUAGAAGGCAACUACUACUUAUGUGUGGACUGAGCAAUCAGAGUCUGUGGCGAUAAUAUUGCUGAAAAUGCACUGCAUUCAUUUUUCAAAAGUAACAAAUUUGGUUUUUUUUAAACCAUUAAAAUCUGUGUGUGUGCGUGUGUAUGUAUGUGAGCAGUUGGUCUUAACCAAGUCAUUGUUGAACUCCCUGAAACGUGCCUUUAGAAUGCUGAGUAUAAUAAUGCCAUUGUCUCUUCCUUUUUGAUAUUUGCUGAUAUUUCCCUCCAAAACUCAAUGAGUAUUUGUCCAAUAGGAUUGUAGAUGUCCAUUUUCAGACUGUUUUAAAGAAAAUAGUCUUUCUUUGGAUGGCUCAAAUCACAUUUGAUAGCACAAAUUAACAUUUUGUUAUUUUGUUGCUAUUUUACAAAUAGUAUUCUAAAGGCACAAGCAGGAGUAGCCACUUUUUAGCAAUAGAAUUGUUUUGGUAUUUUGCUGCUGUUUACUAUAAUGCCGCACCUUCAGAAAUCUUCCCAAAUGAGUUCAAGGAAUUUGGGGAAUCCUAGCAAUGAAAUUGUGAAACAAAGAUUCUGCUGAUUUUGAUAUGUAAAACCAACCCCCACCCUCUUUUUUAACAAGAAGAAAAUGGUACAUGUGGAAACCUGAGUAGUUGUGUUGUCUAUUACUCUAUCCUGAUCUAAGGGGUAGCUCUUGAAAUACUUGAGACCUACUUAGGUGUUUUGCCUUUUUAAGACAUCAUUCUCUCCUUUAUAGAAGCAUCUUAAGGAAAGUUGCAUUGGUCUACGACUAAGCAGAAGGCCAACUUAUAGAGGCAGCGAUGUAUUCCAACUAAUACUAAUCUUUUUUUUUUUUAAGGCUGAUAUUUUUUAAAUGGUUAACCCAUUUUUUAAAUCUAAUGUUUAGGUAUUUUGGUUGUUGAUAAAACCAUUUUUUAGCUGACCUGAAGAAUUCCAAAGUUUUAAGCACAUAAAAUCUUAGAACCAAAACUAAAAUGGACCUCAUAAAAUCCUCUUAGAGUUACUCUUGCCCUGGGUCAUAAAUUAAGUUUGGCAUUACUGUCAGACUGGAUGAAGAACAAAGCAAAAUAGUGUGAACAAGUAGAGGCUUUUCUCCUCUGUCUUUAAGCCAUAUUCUCCCAUACAUAUUUUAUAGGGAAAUGGUAAAUGGUAUACCAAUGGCUGUUUAAUUCUUAAUCUGUCUUCAUUAUACUGCCUACCAGCAUCCCUGCCCACACAAAAACAACAGCCAAACAAAAUGUCUUUCCAAGAUGUUUAAGUAUUUAAAUGUCUGAGCCAAAGCCAAUGACAGUAGAAGUCAUUUGUAGUUAAUGACUGCAAGUGGGAGCUAAGGUGUCACAUUACCUAUAUUGGCAUUGUUAUAAACUAUACCUGUAAUAUAAAGUGUUUGAGUUUUUAAUUGGGCUGUAUGAUCAGUAGUUUGUUUUGAAAAGGCUCUAUGAGCUUUAAGAAACUGCACGGGUUGUUUUUGUUUAAUGUAAUAUAGGAGACCCUCCAAGGAAUAUAUUCCAAAACACUUUUGUGAAUAUCCACGUCUGUGUAACUACUAGAACAUAAUGCAGUAAUUACAGAAUUUAAAAUGGCUCCUGGAGAGUUAUUAAAUAUCUGGUGAUACUCAGGCAGUGGCAAAGCCACACUGGUUAUAGGUGCCAGCCCUUCUAACUCCUCAGUAACUUGUUUGACUUCUUAUCCCGUAUGCUUCUGAGGUCCAACUUAAUGCCUCAGAAAUUGUCAUUUAAAAUUUUUAGCAUAGAUUGGGAACAGUUGAACUCUCUUAAGUCCUCAGAUGCCAGGGGUCUUCUGUAGUAUCGUAAGUGUUUAGCAGAAACUUAACUCCAUAAUGAAUGGAAUUCAAUUCCACACAUGGUUUGUUCAAGCACACUUAAUAAGUAGCUUAUUUUUUAAAUGUAAAUAUUUGGAUGAAAUUUUUGUUUGUUUUGAUAUAUUCAUUUGCUAUACCAACCUUGGUUUCAGAAUUCACCUUUUGAACAAACUGGUUUCAGAAUCUGUAAAAUGAACUAAAUCUUGUAUAUCCAGCCUGUCACCCAGACAUGUGAGAAUAAUGUGUUUUUCAUAAAGCAUGGAUGUUGCUUUG